AUUCAAACACUUUUUUAAAUCAACAAAGAGUUAAAGUUUAUGUCCUUGUCCUUGAAGUGCAUCUAGAAAUUUGGUUCUUAUCCUUUACCAAGGAAGAUCGGAGUUUUAGGCUAUGGUGCAAUUGGGAGUGCUUUUGUCGAAGUUCUUUUGAAAAACCACCCAAAUGCCUAAAUAGUUGCUCUGGAUAAAUAUGAUGCCUUUAGACCUAAUGAGAAUCGUUUCGAAUGCAUAAUAGAAGAAAGAACCAAAGAAAAUAUAGGUGACACUCUCUCAAGGAUGGGAUUGCAAAGCGGAGACAUUUUAGUGGAUUUGUCAACGAACAUUGAUUUCUUAUCGAUUUGGCCAUUAUGCGCAGAGAAAAAGAUAAGAUACAUGAACACAGCCUUGGAACAAUGGGAAGACAGUGAGGAUGCCAAUUCUUGUCCUAAGAAUAGUGAGGAAGCAUACAAACUCUCAUUAGGAUACAUUAAGGACAAGGCCAAAUAAUCGAAGUAUUGGAAUCCAAGGAGUGGAGCUACAAGCAUUCUGGAGAUGGGAUUCAACCCUGGUGUAGUAUCACAUUGUGUAAAGAGAGGAUUAGAAGAUUGUGCCAAGUAUUACUUGAAGCAUGAUGAUUAAUUCAAAGAUGUGAACAAAUAAUUGUUGAAGAAAUAUUUGGAAGCUAGGAAUCAUUCUAAACUAGCCCAGGUGUUGGGUGUUCACACAAUACAUUGUUCAGAAUAUGAUAAUCAAAUGAUGAAGGAUAUUCCCAAAGAUAUUAAUAAUAAAUUUUACAAUACAUGGUCCUGCAGAGGAUUCUUGACUGAAGGACUCGUACCUAUCUAGGUGGCUAGAGGCAGUCACGAGGACCCCCAAAUUGAAUCCAUGUAUACAAUCAGAGAUGGAAAAACCAUUGUAUCUACCAAGCCUUCAGUACAGACAUUAGCCAAGAGUUGGCUUCCGAAUUAAGAUAUUACUGGGGUAUUGAUACCUCAUGGAGAGGCUUACAGUAUCCAAGACUAUUUGGCUGAUCCUGAAACUGGAUAUGCCCCAUCUUAAUAUUACGUUUACGAUUAUAAUCCUUUGGCCAAGAAAUUUAUAUCUGGUCUUCCAAAGAAUGCUGACAUCAACAAUACCCAUCCUGAAAUGGAAGUCAUUCACCCAAUCAACCACCCUACUUUGAGAGGAGUUGACAAGGUUGGUGCCAUGAUCAUCAUGAACAACAACCGAGGCUGGUGGACUGGCAGCAUUAUGGAUGAGGUCGAUAGUUCGAUGUUAUUCAAUGGAAGAUUUGGACCCACUGUUUUAUAAGUUGUGGGAGGAGUUUAUGCAGGAUUUUUAUGGAGUUGUAUCAAUCCAAAUGUUGGAUCAAAUUUCCCAGAGAGUAUUGACACUGAUUUCCUUUUGGGCAUUGGGUAACCAAUGAUGGGCAGAUUUGUUUCCGUUAAUGUGGAUUUGGCUAAGACAUCCAUCAAAGAUUGUCAUAAGUUGCAGAGCUUCAUUUGUAACAAGCAGUGAUUAUUUAAUAAUUAUUAUUCAAUUAUGAAUUAAUACCAUUAAACAA